UGGGCUGAUCUGCUGCGCCCCAGGACGAUCAAAUCCCUCCACUUCGUGGGCAACGUCAUUCUCAUGCUAGAAUACAAGCACUGGCAAAACAUGAGGCCUCAUUCGGCGUGGCCACGACGUGCCCUCGCAGUGAUGCUGAAGCUGGCCGCUAUGCUCGCCAAUCCGCUGUACCUGGAGCAGGUUUACCCGGGGCGAUACACGCCAAUGUGGCUCAGAAACGUGCUGGAUCGCCUCAGUGGACGGCAGCGUUGGCAGAACGGCGACGUUGAGCUGGCGGUUUGAUCCGGACAAGGCGAGGUGACGCGCUCGUGGCACCCAGGCAAUGCAGGUUGACCUCCAUUCAUUCUACACCGGAGUUUGCUGCCGCUUGAGCUCGACAGAUGAACAGGCACCGACGUCGGUUUGGGUUAAGCGGCUUCCCCGCGCGUUGCCCAUCCCCAAGGGUUCGGAACCGGAGCUCGGGGAGCGUCGCGGGUGGUGCUUUUCCACCACUCUGAACAGUUUCCCCACGCCAGACAUGAUGGACCCUUGGGGCUUGCAGCAAACUAGAAGUCGGUUUAUCCGGGGAAGAAGAAGCCUCCAACGAUGAUCGACCAAAGAGGUUGUUUGUUGCUGAUGCCGCCACAGUUCAUCCGCGCGGCACGCGGGGGACCUGAGUUGGACCAGGGGUCAUCGGAGCUUGAUUGCGACGUGGACAUGAGGUAUAGUUUGAGAGUUAUAAGCCAUGGGGCGUCUCCGCCGUUGACCCCAUCCCCGUCUCCCGGGCAGGGCACCGGUCAACGCUGCUCGCAAGACAUACCCCUGACUCCUGGACCACAAUGCAGCUGCUGCUGUUCGCUCUGCUGCCUCUCGCGGCGUCCGCCAGCGCCGUUCGUGGGAGCUCUUCCCGGGUCCCCAACACGGUCGUCAUCGACGGCGAGCGCCUCGCCUCGGCCAAGGAUCGGCUCUGGUCGUCGCGGCACCACCCGGAUCCGGAGCUGCGGGCGGCGCUCGGGCGCCUCACGGCGCAGGCCGACGUUUGGCUGAAGCAAGGCCCCUGGACGGUGACGACGAAGACGACGGCGCCGCCCAACGGCACGAUCCACGACUACGCGUCGCAGGCGCCGUACUGGUGGCCCAACCCCGACACGCCCGACGGCUGCCCGUACGUGCAACGCGACGGCGUGCGCAACCCCGAGGCGGACCAGUAUCAGGACCGGCUGGCCGUGGGCCGCAUGUUCAACUCGACGUACGUGCUCUCGCUGGCGUGGUACUACACGGGCCGGGAGGCGUACGCGCGGCACGCGGCCGACAUCCUGCGGACGUGGUUCCUCGACCCGGCGACGGCCAUGAACCCCAACCUGGACCACGCGCAGAUCAUCCCCUGCGCCAACACGGGCCGGGCCAUCGGCAUCAUCGACUUCAGCCAGGAGUACACCAACGUGCUCGACGCCGUCGCCGUGCUCGAGUCUGGCAGCAGCGGUGGCAGCGGCCAUGGCGGCGACGCAGCGCCGGGCUGGUCGCGCGCCGACUCGGCAGCCUUCCUGGCGUGGAACAGGCGCUUCCUGACGUGGCUGACCGAAUCGCCCUUUGGCAAGGAGGAGGCCUCGCAGAGCAACAACCACGGCACCUUUGCCAACAUGCAAAUCUCGGCGCUCGCGCUCUUCGUCGGCGACCGGUCCCUCGCGCGCGCCACCUCGGCCCUCGCGCGGGGGCUCAUCGACAGCCAGAUCACGGCCAACGGGUCGCAGCCGCAGGAGCUGGCCCGCACGCGCAGCUGGCACUACUCCAACUUCAACCUCGGGGCGCACCUGCGGUGGGCGCUCGUCGCGCGCAAGGUCGGCGUCGACCUCUUCGGCUACGCGGGCCCGCAGGGGCAGUCGGUGCUGCGGGCCGCCGCGUUCGAGGUGCCGGCGGCCGUGGCCGGCGCGUCGCCGACGACGUGGCCGUACGACGACAUCGAGUUUGUGCGCUACGCGGCGACGGACAAUGUGCGCGCGGCGGCAGACGCGGGGCUGUGCGCGGCGAGGCGCGCGGUGAAGCGCGGUGAGCUGCAGGCGCCCCCCGGAGGAGACAUUUCCGUGCUGAGGCCUGCGCCGCAGCAGCUCGACAGCAUUGUCACGCUGUAGGGGCUGGACGGUGUGUGUGUGUGUGCGCGUUCUCGCUUUUGCUAUGUGCCAGGCAGGGGGG